UAGGUAGUGCAUGUUGCUCAUGGUUAUGGUAAAUUGAAAUGAAAUUAGUAAAGCGCUUGGCGUCAUUCAUCCGAAGAAAAGAGGCAGCUUGGCCAACACUUGCAUCCCACUGUCAGGUCUGUGGCUCUUUACAACGACCCUAUUGUAGGUUACUAGGCUGCCGAUCCGCACUUCUCUACAACUAACGGACCUCCUGCUCCACAAACGGUAGGCUAAGUUAAUUCGAUUUUUAGAUAGAGAAAUAUUCAUUUCUGUCUGUCAAGAGUCUUUUCCCACUAGAGCUGAAGUCUGCGGAGGCCCACUGAAGCUCGUGAAGGAACAAGUCCAAGUUUUGUGGUGGAAUAUUAACCUUAAUUCGGCUUCAAGAGGGUAGCGCCUAGCCUACACAUGAUCGAGAUUUUACAGUCGUACCCUCAGAGAGCAGAGCAGUGUGGGACGGACUUGGAGAUCAGUCAGGACUCAGGAGCUCCCGAUGCGCCAGUAAACAUCUAAAAUCUCACCAGCAAAGAAAACAACAUGACUAAGAAACUAUGUGGGACCAAUUACCCAGCCAGCAUCUGCUUCAUUGUGGUGAACGAGUUCUGCGAACGCUUCUCCUACUAUGGCAUGAAAGCGGUGCUCACGCUCUACUUCCUCACCUACCUGCACUGGGACAAGGACCUCUCCACCGCUGUCUACCACGCCUUCAGCAGCCUCUGCUACUUCACACCCAUACUGGGAGCUCUCAUCGCUGACUCAUGGCUUGGAAAAUUCAAGACCAUCAUCUACCUAUCCAUUGUCUACGUUAUCGGGCAUGUGGUCAAGUCGGUCGGAGCCAUUCCCACUGUGGGAAACAGCAGCGUGCACAUUGCUCUGUCCAUGUUAGGUCUGAUACUCAUAGCCUUCGGCACCGGAGGAAUCAAACCCUGCGUGGCGGCAUUUGGCGGAGACCAGUUUGACGAGGAGCAUGGCAGCGAGAGGCAGAAAUUCUUCUCCAUUUUCUACAUGUCAAUCAAUGCUGGGAGCCUCUUGUCAACUGUGAUUACACCCAUACUGAGAGGGGAUGUGCAGUGUUUCGGUGGUGACUGCUACGCUCUGGCCUUCGGGGUUCCUGCAGUUCUGAUGAUUGUGGCUCUAGUUGUGUUCACUGCUGGCAGCGUGCUGUACAAGAGGAAUCCUCCUCAGGGAAACAUCCUGUUGGAAGUCUGCAAUUGCAUUGGGUUUGCCAUCAAAAACCGCUGGAGAAGAUGGAAGUAUGACCCUCAGAGGAAACACUGGUUGGACUGGGCUGAGGAGAAUUACUCGAAGCGUCUGAUCGAGGAGAUUAAGAUGGUGCUGCGUGUUUUGAUGCUCUACAUCCCGCUGCCAAUGUUCUGGGCUCUGUUUGAUCAGCAAGGUUCCCGCUGGACGCUUCAAGCCACAAGGAUGAACAUGGCUUUUGGAAAUACCUUCGUUAUUAAGCCUGACCAAAUGCAGAUGUUGAAUGCCCUGCUGAUUCUUCUCUUUGUGCCCAUCUUUGACCUCAUCAUAUAUCCGCUCGUUGGACUUUGCAGAAUCAACAUCACGCCUCUGAGGAAAAUGGCUACAGGGAUGAUUUUUGCAGCGCUGGCCUUCGGAGCGGCCACACUGGUAGAGGUUAACGUUGUGAAAACGGUGGUAGAUCCUGCACCUGCUCGGAGUUGUCUCCUGCAGGUCUUUAACCUGGCAAAAGCUAAUGUGAGUCUGAAGAUCCCCGGCAGCGACCUGUUUCCAGAGCCAAUCCAAUACCUUCAGGACCCUUCAAAAUAUGAGUCACUUCCACUAGAGGCAUCCAGCAAGGAGCUGAAGAUUCAAGUCACCUUCAAUGGAAAAACCUCAGAGUGUAACCACUCGUUUGAAGAACAGAAGGCCUACAGCCUCAUCUUGUACCCAGACACUACUACUGGAAUCCAGUGCAAACAUGUAAGUGCCCCUAACAGUUGGUUCAGUUUUCUUUUCCAGAUGUUUUUCUUUUUAUUCAUCUCAUCCUUCAUGUACCUCCUGCCUCCGGGUAGAUACCCACGUGUCAGCUGCAGCUUACAGUCAGACCAGUGCUCUGAUUUUGGCCUGGGCCUGCUGGACUUUGGAGCUUCCUACACUGUCAUACUCAUGGAGGAAUCGGGUAAGAUUGUGGCUCACAAGAUGGAGGAUGUAAGCGCCAACGACGUGCACAUUGCCUGGCAGAUUCCCCAGUACGUCCUCAUAACUAUUGGAGAGGUCAUGUUCUCCAUCACAGGACUGGAGUUCUCCUACUCACAGGCUCCAGCCAACAUGAAGUCUGUCCUGCAGGCCGGCUGGCUGCUCACUGUUGCAUUUGGGAACGUGAUAGUGUUGAUCGUGGCGGAGGGGGCGGGACUGGAGCAGUGGAAAGAGUUCCUGCUGUUUGCCGUCCUACUGUUGGCUGUCUGCAUCAUCUUCUCCAUCAUGGCUUACUUCUACACCUACGUCGACCCUGAUCAGCUUGACAAGAUUUACCUGAAGGAUUCAGGGAAGGAGGGAAAUGACGAUGAUGAUGACAACAGAAAGAAAAAAACUGAUGACCUACACUUGAACAAAACGGGGAAGGGCACCAGAUUGUAACCAUGCCAUAUUAAAUUCACCAUCUUCUUAGCUGUAGCUGAUUUAGCUCAGAAAGUAUUGACGAGUUAUCUGAAGGUACCCAUUGUUUAAUUCAGUUCCUGUUUUAUUUUUUCGUUUCAAGGUACUUUUUUUGUGAUAAUGAAUAACUAAGAUGUGAUCAUUAGCCAUUUCUUGUGGUUAGAAGUUCAGUAUUUCUUUGUCACAUCCUUUAUUCUGUUGUCUGUUUCUGCUGUGUCUGUUAUUCGUCCUUUAUUAUGUGAAACCUUUCUUAACACUCCAGUCACUCAACAAUGUUUAACCAGAGAACAGGAAAGUAUUUACUGGAUGAGAAUGAAUAAUCAAAAUAGUGUUUCAAAGAAGUGCUGUGUGAUUUCUCAUACGUGAUCAAUAGUGUUAUUACAAAUGAAUGUUAAAUAGAAUAUGCUGUAUAUUUUCUAUGAACAUGUUGGGAAUUGGUUCAGUUUGCAUUGUGUGCCUUUAACAAUGAUACUAAAAAGGACCAUAGCUCCUGGUGGUUUUGCAGUUGAUAUAAUUACCGUUAAGGGUAACCAAGUUUUUUUUAAAUAAUGUCCUGCCAUUAAGGAACCCACCCUUUACAGUCAGAACAUUCAUUUAUGUUUAAGUUUAAUGUAUUAUAAUGAGCAUUUGUAGCCUUUAUUUGUCGUGAGUUGCCUUAUUAUUUGUUAUAUUGUUAUGAAAACUCUGCUUGUUAAGUCGGUAUCCUGAUGUCAGAUGUGACAGCAGCAUCUUUGAACACAUCACAUCAAUGAAAUCCGUAGCUCUGUUCAACAAUACUUUUGAGGCCCUAAUCCAACACUUUUGAUGCCCUAACGCAACAACACUUUUGAGGCCCUAAUACAACAAUACUUUUGAGGCCCUAACACAACAAUACUUUUGACACAGACAAGAACGUUCACUGUGAGGGUCUGCAAAUUGAACAGAGUUACUGGCUAGCAGGUGGGGGAAAAAAAAUCUAACUUCAAGAAAUAGUCCACAAUAUUGUAAAGUAUUGUAUAUGUGAGUUGUGUUUUAUGUUCUAAAACAUGCAAAACCAACAGUAUGGUCCUUUAAAGUCACAACACACUUGAUGGAAUUUGUUUUUACUCAGGCAAAGUGUAAAUUAUGCUGCUCCCUAUAAAGGUCUGUAAAUAGAUAUUUGAUGCUGUUCUUAAGAUGA